UGGACCGGCACCAGGAGCCAGUGGAUAAAGAUUGCCCUUCACAGUUGCAGGAGAUCAUUGAUGAUUGCUGUGCAUAUGAGCCCUCCAGGAGGCCCUGUGUUAAAGUUGACGGACGUAGGUUUCUACCAAUUGUACGAGGCCUCCUCGAGCGUGGUCCCGCCUAGUCCGUUUACGAAGGAUCAGCCAAUGAGAGCACCGCUGUUUCAGCCAGUGGCGACCAAAGAAAGAAGAAGAGAGGGUAUUGGCCGCCGACUGGGACUGCUGCCCAAUAGGAGCAGGCCGAGGCCGCAACACACGCUGGCGGAUUGAGCUGCACAACCGGAAGUGGUUGUUGGCGCCAGUCCGGCGAGAGUUCUUCGAAGGAGACUGCAGCUGCUCCGGGGGUCUCGUGAGUCUGGCCGCGUCCUUUCGGUUUCAGUGAUGGCUCAUGAAGCAAUGAAAUAUGAUCUUCAGGUGCAGUUAGAUCAUGGUGCUGCACAACAGCCUGCUCCUCCUGAAGUGGUCAGCGGCCAAGGGGGACCACCCCUGCUCCAGCCUUCUCAUACUGAGGUGGUCAGCAGCCAGGAAGGACCACCCCUGUUUGAGCCUACACCUGCUGCAGUGGUCAGCAGCCAAGGGGGACCAGCCCUGCUCCAGCCCCCUCCUGAUGAAGUGGUCAGCAGCCAAGAGAGACUGCCCCGGCUUCAGGCUGCUCCACAGGUAUCCAUUGAUAUGACAGAGGAGCUCUCAGGAGAAGAGACUGUGGAGAACAUCAAUCCAGGAGUUUCAGAGGAGAGUAGGCAGGAAUCUGGUGCUAACCACACUACCCAAGUAUCUUCAUUGGAUCCAGUGAACAGCUUCAUCAGUGGGCUGCAGAGACUUCAUGGCAUGCUGGAAUUCCUGAGACCAACUUCGGACCACAGGGUGGGGCCAGUGAGAGCUAGGAGGAGGAGUUCUGCUUCACAGAGGGCAAGAGCUGGAGGGUCUCACAGGACAAACAGUGCCAGGUUGAGAUCACCGCUGGAUGCUUACUUUCAAGUGAGCAGGACGCAGCCUCAUUCGCCAGCCACCUCUUAUGGUUCAGAGACUAGGAAUCCUGUCUCUGAAGACUUGCAGGUAUCAGGUAGUUCUGACAGUGACAGCUCCACAGAGUAUGAAGAGGGAGUUGUCCAGGCAGAGGAACCUAGAGCUGUUGUUUUAGAAGAGCAAGUAGGAGGUAACGACUUGGCAGAGCAACUCGGAGAUAUCUCAACAGAGCAAAAAGUUACAUGUAUUGGUGGAGGAGAGACUCUCCCCAAACAGCAGUCUCCCCAGAAGUCUGAUCCUCUUCUAGCUUCUGCUUCUGUGGAUGAGGAAGAAGCGGACACUUGCACAAUAUGUUUGGAACAGUGGACCAAUGCUGGGGAUCACCGGCUCUCGGCAUUGCGCUGUGGGCACCUCUUUGGGUAUAAGUGCAUUUCUAAGUGGCUCAAAGGACAGGCACGAAAAUGUCCUCAGUGCAACAAGAAAGCCAAGCACAGUGACAUCGUUGUCCUUUAUGCCAGAACCCUGAGAGCUUUGGACACUAGUGAACAGGAGCUCACAAAAAGUUCCUUAGAAGAGGAGAAGAUGCUAAGGAAGAAGGCUGAGUUAGAAUCGGCACAGUGCCGGCUCCAGCUUCAAGUCCUCACUGAGGAAUGCACUAAGCUUCACAGUCAUGUUCAGGACUUGAAAAAACUUAUUGUGCAGCAUCAGAGUGAGAUUUCACAGCUGACUGGGAGUUCCCAAGCACGUUUCCUAAGCAGCCUGUCCUCCAGCCAGAGCCAACACAAGUACCAUUUCCAGAAGACAUUCACAGUGUCUCAAACAGGAAACUGCCGAGUCAUGACAUACUCUGAUGCUCUGAGCUGCCUGGUAGUAUCACAGCCUUCUCCUCAGGCCUCCUUCCUUCCAGGCUUUGGUGUUAAGAUGUUGAGUACUGCCAACAUGAAAAGCAGUCAGUAUAUUCCCGUGCAUGGCAAACAGAUACGUGGACUGGCUUUCAGCAGUCGAUCCAAAGGCUUACUUCUCUCUGCUUCCCUAGACAACACUAUUAAACUGACCAGCCUGGAGACAAAUACUGUGGUCCAGACUUAUAAUACUGGACGUCCUGUCUGGAGCUGCUGCUGGUGUCUUGAUGAAAACAAUUACAUGUAUGCUGGAUUGGUCAACGGUUCAAUUCUGUUGUAUGACCUUCGAAACACAAGCUCUCAUAUCCAGGAGUUAGCACCUCAGAAAGCUAGAUGCCCGCUGGUAUCCCUGUCAUACAUACCCAGAGCUGCCUCGGCUGCAUUUCCAUAUGGUGGGCUGUUGGCUGGAAGCUUGGAGAAUGCUUCCUUUUGGGAGCUGAAAAUGGGCUUUACUCAUUGGCCUCAUGUGCUGCCCAUGGAGCCUGGGGGCUGCAUAGACUUUCAGACAGAGAGCAGCAGCCGGCACUGUCUUGUGACCUACAGGCCUGAUAAAAAUCACAAAACCUUACGAAGUGUACUCAUGGAGAUGUCCUAUAAGCUGGAUAAUGCUGGAGAGCCAAUCUGUUCCUGCAAUUCUGUACAAACAUUCCGUGGGGGACCCACUUGCAAACUACUGACCAAAAGUGCCAUUUUCCAAAAUCCAGAGAAUGAUGGCAGCAUCCUGGUGUGUACUGGGGAUGAAAUGUCAAAUUCUGCCCUGCUGUGGGAUGCUGGCAGUGGCUCGUUGCUGCAGGAACUGCAGGCUAAUCAGCCUGUCUUGGACAUCUGCCCAUUUCAGGUGAACCAUAACAGCUACUUGGCUACCUUAACGGAGAAGAUGGUCCACAUCCAUAGGUGGGAGUGACCAUGGUCUUGAAACUUGUCGGACAUGCUGCUGGUUAAUGUUAAAUGUUGUUUGUUAGCACCUGGCAGCCCUGAGCAAGAUCUGUGCUUAAUGUCUGUGGCCUAGAACUUUUGGGAUUGUGGCAGUGUCCAUCAAAAGAGUCAGUGACUGGUACUCCAUCACAUUAUACAUUUCUUGGGGGUAAAAGCCUUCAUGAAUCUUCAUUGAGAAUCAAUAUUUUUGAUCGAACUUACUGCUGAACCUCGGAGAGUAUUCUCCCAGAAGUCAUUUAGGAUAUGUGUGUGCACCAAGCAUUUCCAGAGGAUGUGACAUCCCACCAGAGUGGUCUUGUCACUUGAGCUAUAUGACUUGGGAACGUGUAUGUUCCUGAAGGGACUAACGGUCUUUCUGAUGCUGCUUGGAUGCAGCCUGGAUGCAAAAGAAUCUUUCGUUGAACACAAGAGGGCACUGUAGAAUCUUCCAAAGGAUUUGAUCUAUUUCUGACCUUGCGGGCUGAUAACCUUUUAGUAACUUGGUCUCAUCCCUACAGAAGUGUGUGGUAGAGCACAUCUGGUCUGCUUUGUGGCAGGAACAGUAAUGUUCAGGUGUGCAGUGCUGGGAUAUUGGUAAACCCAGUGAUGGUGGUGGCUGAUGAGCUGUAGACCCUUCCCUAAUGCCGAGUGUAUGGAGUUCAUCACAUUGUGGGAGUCAAGGAACGAGACCAAUUGUUUGAGCAGUGAGGAAGACUCACUUUUUUUUCUAGCCAGCUUAGGAUCUCAGGAUUGGUUUUAUAUAAGCCAAUGCUUUGAAGGCCACUCUUUGUCUAUCUCACUAGGAAAAGAUGAGCCAUAUGUCAGAGCUCUUACUUGAGUCUCCUAGUAUGAGAGAUAAGGAGCAAGGGGCUAAUAACCAAGAGAGGCCUACAAAAGAGAAGCUACUCAGACUGCUGUUGAAAGCAAAAAAAGGACUUGUCUUUUCCAUUUUGAAAGAGUUUCUCUCUGAAUAAAGUCAACCCCUUGGAGUGAGGAGCCAUUCUUGAGCGUGUUUAGAAUUCCCAGGUUAAAUCCUUCCCCCAGGUGAAACUGAUGUUUGAUUCCAAGUUCCUCUGAUUUGCCUCCCUUCCUAACUUUAAAAAAAAGUGUUGUUAGUUAAACAGUUAUUCUCAGGAAGAUAAUAGUGGUUGGAGGCCUAUGUGGUUUGCAGGGAGAUGCCCACCAGCUUUCAUUUCAGCCCUGGAUUGUCCAACUUUGGGAGCUGCACUUUUCUCCAAUAGAGGGCUCAGUUUAUAUCUGUUUACUUUGCUAAAGGCUGCUCUUCUAAACUAUUGUCCACAACAGAACAUGUCUCAAGGUGUGUGCUCCUUGUUCUUGGGAGCAGGAUGGCUAACAAUGUGAUUUUCUUAAAUAAUUGUAGAAAUUUUAUCAUUUUUAUUUUAAAACAGUUCUGACGGUCAACUCCUGAACUGUUUCCAGCAUUUCUUACCAGCAA